UCCCUCCCCGGCUGGUACCCUUUCUCUCGCACGCACGAGCAUCCUCCGUCAUGGCGUCUUCCAACCAUGUCACCCCCACCAACUGCAGCUGGUGGCCCAUCUCUGCCAUGGACGAGGACGGAAAGCUCGCGGACGGAGAGGAGAGUCACGAGCCGCCGGUGGAGCACAAGCCCUUCUCUAAAGACCGCCUCGUUUUGUACCACUGGACUCAGUCUUUCAGCUCGCAAAAGGUGCGUCUGGUGAUUAACGAGAAGGGUCUGCUAUGUGAAGAGCGGGAUGUGAGUCUACCUCUUACCGAGCACAAGGAGCCCUGGUUCAUGAGGCUUAACCUUGGAGAGGAGGUGCCUGUCUUCAUACACGGAGACACCAUCGUCAGUGACUACAACCAAAUCAUCGAAUACUUAGAGACCAACUUUGUGGGUGAUACAAUAUCCCAACUUAUUCCAGAUGAAGGCACACCCAUGCAUGCUCGGGUGAAGCAAUAUCGAGAGCUUCUGGAUGGCCUGCCAAUGGAUGCAUACACACACGGCUGCAUCCUCCACCCUGAGCUCACCACUGACUCCAUGAUCCCAAAGUACGCCACUGCUGAAAUACGUAGACACUUGGCCAAUGCAGCGUCUGAACUAAUGAAGCUGGACCACGAGGAGCCACAGCUGACAGAGCCUUAUCUUUCAAAGCAGAAAAAACUCAUGGCAAAGAUAUUGGACCAUGAUAAUGUGAACUACCUGAAGAAGAUCCUUGUUGAGUUGGCAAUGGUACUAGACCAGGUAGAGGCAGAACUUGAAAAGAGAAAACUGGAAUAUCAAGGUCAAAAGAAUGAGUUGUGGCUUUGUGGACCUGACUUUACGCUAGCCGAUAUAUAUCUUGGAGCCACGUUGCACAGGCUUAAGUUUUUGGGACUUUCCAAGAAGUACUGGGAGGACGGAAGCAGACCCAACCUCCAGUCGUUUUUCGAGCGCGUGCAAAAGCGCUACGCAUUCCGCAAGGUGUUGGGAGACAUCCACACCACCUUACUGUCUGCAGUCCUACCCAACGCGUUCCGAAUGGUAAAAAAGAAGCCGCCGUCCUUCUUCGGUGCUUCCUUCUUAAUGGGUUCUUUAGGUGGCAUGGGCUAUUUUGCCUAUUGGUUUUUAAAAAAGAAAUAUAUGUAGUAAAUACUCUAUUAAUAUGUUCUGUGCCAGUGAAUUUGUGUGAGGCUGCAACUUUUCUGUACCAGAUGUUGUGCAACAGCUGGAAUUAUGAUGCCAUGCAGAGAAAACCCUAUUAUCAGAGUGAACGGAUUAAAUAAGAACAUUCCAUGACAAGGAAUUCUUCUUAUCGACAAUUUUUUUUUUCUGGUAAUCAAUGCCUUCAUUUGUUUAUUUUUUAUAUUGAUUCCCCUUUGGUUUACGAAAUGCCUUGUCAAACUUUCAUUUGAUUUGCCUACAGUCUGACCCAGACAUCACAAUCUAAAUUAAAAGCACUACAAAUUCCUUCACGUGGUAUGUGUUGGCAUUACACAUAUACUUAUUAUAGCAUGACCUAUAACGAUACCCCCUUUAACACUGCAGUAGGAGUAUCUCAUGUUUGAGGCAUUCACCUUUUGCCCUUUAAUCUCCGUUUCAUUUACGGGGUUCCAUACAGAACCCUGAUAAUUACCAAGGCACUAGAUAAAAUGUUCAGCUGCAGCCUAAUACUGCCAAACAUAUACAAAAUAAAUAUACAUUCACUCACUCUGUGUAGACGACAGCACAUUCACAAACAGCACACGGGCAUGGAAAGGUUUUUGUUUGUUUGCAGAACGUACCUCACCAGCAUUAGCACCCGGAUGAGUGGACACUGAUGACGUACACUAUCGUGAGAUGUUGUUUAGGUUACUUUAAGAUGUGGGGAUCAUUAUAAAAAUGCAAAGGUCAGAAAAGAUUGAUAGGAAUAAAUGACUGAUUACUGUUUGUCAGGGUUGUAUUUAGUCAGGAAAAGUUGCAGUUCUAGUGGCUUUCCAACAUGGUUACUCUGCACUUUAUGGGUUAAAUCAGGUUUGGUAGAACAAGGAACAAUGAAUUGUUUAAAACUGUGACACUCCAAAGAUUAAUUUCAACACAUUUGCCUUGCAAAUAUAUCCAGAUGUCCAAAAAUCACUCAUAUGACGCAUUGUCUGGCCAAAAAAAAAACCCUUUCAGAAUAAUCAAAUUAUUGGCCUGAAACAAGGGGAGGAAAAAAACUAAGAUUUGUAAUUAUUGGAACCCUCCAGUACAUUAUUAACACCUGGCAGGAUUAUAUCAACUUGGAAGAAACGUAGUCGGAAAUAAAAAAUGUUUAGAGAUCACUUAAACACUUAAUAAAGUUGCAUAAUAAAAACAAAACAAAAAACUUACAUUAGAAAUCAGGGCUGCGUUUAAUAGAGAAAUUAUGCGCAUUUCCACACAUACAAUGUGACAAGAACUAAUUGGAUUGGGGCUUAACAGCUAUGUGUCCAUAAGAAAAAACACUUGUUAGUGAGACUAAUUAGGUAUAAAUCAGCUUUGGUUUGCUAGGGGCAUAUAGAUUGGACUUUUUGAUGAGUUCGAAUAGACCUGAAUAGUGAUGGCAUGUCAGGAUAAGAAGGGAAGCGAAUGAAUCGAUGCACCCAUCAUGCAUAGUCCAUGUACAAAUCUUUGAGGCAGUGUUAUGAUCUGGAGUUAAAUCAUUCAGGUCAGGUCUAAACUAAAGGCUGAUGACCUAAAUGUACUGAAUGACCAGGUUAUCACAUCAUCUUCUUUUAUGACAGGAAUAUUCUAGGGCUCAGAUUUUGAAAGAGUUAUUCUAGGAAAACUCUUGAUAAUCAUAUUAAACAGUGUGCAAUUUAUUUAUUUUGGCCAGACAGUGUAGAUCAUCACUCACUCAUUUGUGAUCUUAUAUUGAGCUAAUGAACAACAGACAGUUCAACAUCAAUAUCUCAGUAGAUAAGGAGUUUCAUUGUACCAUUAGUUGUCUGUUUUUGUUUCUCUUAUACUGUGUGGUUACAGGAAUGGGCUUGUAAAGAUGGUACAAACAUAUUACAAAAUAAUUACUUUGUAUCCAAAACACAGAUGAUAGAAAAAUUAUAUGUAGUGUUAAUACUGUGUUGAUAAAAGUAAAAAUAAAUGAAAUCUCUACACUGAUGAUUGACACUAGGCCUAUGAAUAACACAAACACAUUGGAAAAAUCCCAUGUAAUUUUUCUUAACAAUGAACUGAUAUUUUUUCCAGUUUAUUAGGAGCCUUGUUCUGCUUCUAAAGAAAAAGAUGAGUGUUAAAACGAUUUUGUCAGAAGAAAGAUAAGUGUACAACUGACACUGUACACUAUAGAACAGGAGCCUAGCAAUAUACACCCCCAUACAAGGCAUGACUCAAUGUGUAAAUGCAUCCACCCCUGAUAUAAAAAUGACAGAUUAAGUCAAGUACUGACUCAUUUCUGGUGAAGUUCACUGAAAAAGAAACAAACAAACAAACAAAAAACUUCAAAAUUAUUGUUUUCCUCAAAUACAAUCUCAAAUAAAUAUUGUAUUUUUACUGUGGCCAUUACAGUUCACAACCGAUUAUUUUUCUUUUCUUCAUUUAUUUAUGUAUUUGUUAAUUUUUUAUAUUGACGAAAUAUGCAUUUAUGGUGCUUUUUAUGAUGUUUGUUCAUAAGCCAUAAUUUGUUUAGUUGCCAUGGAUUACAAUAAACAAAAAUGCUCAACAGAAAGUUUUAUUACAUUUUUUUUUAACUUAUGAAAAGCGUAGAAGAUGCAAUAGCUCUGCAAUUAACAAAUGUGAAAAUACCCAAGUCUGCAGAAAAAAAAAAAGAAAAGAAAAAAAGGUAAUUUUGCUGUCAGGUUUGGUUUACUUUGUGUUUAAAUGUGAAUGUUUAAAACAACAUGAUUGUGCUUUUUAUUUGGUUCUAUGCAUGCACGCCUAAAGAAAAAUAACAAAUGUGGCAAGACUAAUCCAGAUGUU